AUGCAAUUGCAGUAUCUGAUUUUUGCGUCGGCUCUGUGCCUGAGCCUGGCCUAUCCGGUGGAUCAUCAUUAUUAUGAGGAGAGCCACGGCGGAUACGAGCAUUUGGGCCAUCACGAGGCUGAGCCCAUACACGAUUAUGGACAUCAGCAUCAGAUUGAGCGCAUUUCGCUGGGCGAAGAGCAUGGACAUGAGCAUCCCCACUACGAGGUGGAGCAGCAUCAUACCGAGGACGAGCAUGUCGAUUACUAUGCACCGCCCAAGUAUGCCUUCAAGUAUGGCGUCAAUGAUUUUCACACCGGCGAUGUGAAGUCACAGCACGAGACUCGCGACGGCGACACCGUGAAGGGUCAGUACUCGCUGGUGGAGCCCGAUGGUUCCAUACGCACCGUUGACUACACCGCCGACAAGCACAAUGGCUUCAAUGCCGUCGUCCACAAGACGGCGCCCGUGCACCACCACGAGGAGAUCCACGAUCAUCACGAGCAUCACUACUAA